AUGGAUUCAGACGCUGGGUCCGUUUGGAGCCGGGCAUCAUCUCCCGACAUGGACACUGUUGGCGGAAGCGCUCGCCCCCCCGCCCGGCACGAGGCACUCUUGCCCAGUUUCCUGAGCCAGCAGGAGGAGCCGAGCAGGGAAUUCUCCCAGAACAUCCCGACCAGGGGCAGGUGCAAGAAGGUCGUGUCCGAGUGCGGCAGUCAGGAGCUGCGGCUGAAGGUGAACUGCCGGGAGCGCAAGCGGAUGCAGGACCUGAACGUGGCGAUGGACGGUCUCCGGGCGGUGAUGCCUUGCGCCCAUGGACCGUCGGUCAGGAAACUCUCCAAAAUCGCCACUUUGCUCCUCGCCAGAAACUACAUCCUGAUGCUCAGCAGCUCCCUGAACGAAAUGAAGAGGCUGCUGGCUGAGGUUCACGGGGGUCACCCCCACCCCACGCCGUGCGGGCAGCUUGGACCAUCGCCCCCCGCCCAGCUUGGCGCCCGGGCGCUGCCUCUCGUGUGGCCGCUCUGCCCCUCGGCUUCCUGGGCGCUAACCCGGCCCCCGCCGCCUUACUGA